AUGACGACAACAGCAUUACAAUUAAAUAAUAAUUAUAUGAAUGUUCAACGGCAAUAUCAACCUCGUCGAAAUUAUAAUCAACAACAGAAUAGAACAAGGUCAGUAACACUUUUUUCAAAUAAUAUUAAUAGUACUCAGCCAUUCUCAGUUACAUCAGAUAGAGUAGUAGAACAAGUAAAUAGAAAUAAUAGAACACAUCCUAAUUUUCCAUCGAGAUCUUUAAUUAAAUAUUAUCCACAUAAGUUAAGGACUAAAGAACAAUUUCUUAGAGAUAAUGAACCACCAAAAGAAUUAGAAAAAGAAAAAGAUAAGAUAUUUUUAAUAGCAAAUAUUUAUUACCAACAGAGACAUUUUGAAGAAGAAAGUAAAAAAUGGAAAAUAUAUGAACAGGUAGCUAGUAGUAAAGAACAAGAUUUAGAUAAGGACGGAGAUGAUAUAAGAAUGAGAGAUAUUGAAGAAAUUCCACGAGCAAGACCUUUUUCAGAAAGAUACUCAAAAAUAUUAAAUAUGACAGUUAGUGAUACAGAUAGUCAGAGUAAUGAAGAUAGUAAUAUAGAAGAUAAGGAUAAGGAUAAGGAUAAGGAUAAGGAUAAAGAUAAGGAUAAGAACAAGGAUAAGGAAAAGAAUAAGGAUAAGGAUAAGGAUAAGGAUAAGAAUAAGGAUAAGAGUAAGGAAGAGUCUAGUGAUAGUAACAUCAAUAGUACAUCAGAUAGUGAGAAUAGUAAUAGUGAAGAAGAAGAAGAAGAAGAAGAAAAUAAGAAAAGAAAAUUACAAGAUACGAGUCUUUCACCAUCAUCCAAGAGAAAAACAUCAGAAAAAGAUAAUAUUUUAAGAAAGAAGAAAACGAAAUCAAAAAAGAAAAAGAAAAUUUCAAUUGAGAACGACCCACGAGCACCAGAAGGAAGUCCUAUUUUAUUAAUUAAUGAGAAUAGUAAUAAAGAACAAAUAGAUCAGAUACCUAAGAAGACAAGAGCAGAUACACCAGUAGAUAAAAAAGAAAAGCAUCGUCCAUGGAAUGCGCAUGUGCAUGUAAGAAAACCACAAAAAAUUAGAAUUCAACGAGAGGAAAUAUUUGAUGGACAAAUUCAAGAUUCAUCCACUGAGCUUCCGAAAACACCACCAGGUUUAAAUGAUCCACCACCAAUCAGUCCACGACAGAGCACACCGAAAACACCUAUUCCACCACCUCAGCCAUUAGUUUAUAGUCCCAAUCCUAUAACAUCAAAUACUAAAAAUGAAAAAGAAAAAGAUAAAGAAAAUAAUAAUAGUAAUUCGCCUAUUGUAGUACCUCGAAUAAGAUCAACAAUUGAGAUAGAAGAACAAGACCAUCAAAUGGAACAAGAUAGUAUCCCCCAUUCACCAUCAGUUAUUCCAAAAGAUUCUGAAAUUAAUAGAAUAAAUUUAUUUGACUUUCCAGUAAUUCCGAUAGAAUGUAAAUUUCAUUUUGAGAUUUUUCAUUUAAGAGCAAGCAUAGAAAAUAUUAAAUUACAUAGAGAAUAUUUAGAAUAUUUAGAAAAGAAAUCGAAACAACAAGAAAAAGAAUUAGAAGAAAUUAUGAAACAGUUUGAAGGAGAUACACAUAGAAAAAUAGUACAAUUUGUUAAGAAUAGUAUAGAUCCAUUAAUAGAUAGUUUAAAAAUUUCGAAUCAGAAACGUUUAGAUAACCUUAUAUUAGACCAGAUGAAAGAGAAAGCUUUAAGAACAAUAAGAGAGAAGAGUAAUAAGGAUAGUUUAAGAUUAAUAGAACGAGCACAAGAAAGAUUUGAAAGAACAUUAGAAUUAAAGUUUCAGUUAGAUAAGUUAGAUCGUAGAUUUAAUGAGAACAUGCCCCCACCAGCUUUGAAUGUUAUGGAUAAAUUACAGUUCCGUAGUAAAGAGUUAAGUAAUGAGUGUCGUCGAUAA